AUACAACGGGGAGAACAGUUUUGACGCCAUCAACAAGAGAGAUCGAGCAGAGAAGAAGUGGAAGGCAGGAAACAAGGCAGAGAAGAUCAGGGACCUGAAGAGACAGUUCAAGCGCCGAGAAGGACUCACAACCAAAGAUGAAAAUUGAAAGUGAAGGGUUCAAAAUAGAAAAAGAUGGUUUCUCAGGGUACACCCUCGAUACCAAAAAACAGGAUUUCACAUCUACAGAUGAAUAUCAUGAAAAACUGAAAGUUGCACUGCUGCGGUGGCAGGAAGAGGGUGUGAGGGGAUUCUGGGCCAAGAUCAGACUCGAACAUUCUCACCUCACAGCUGUAUUUGCAAAGUAUGGACUUGAUUUCCAUCAUGCGCAACCCGGGUAUGUGAUCAUGAGCAAGUGGCUGCCCACCACGGAACCAGACAUGAUCCCGGAGUAUGCCAACCAGUAUCUUGGUGUAGCAGGGUUUGUUGUAAAUGAACACAACCAGCUGCUGGUGAUACAAGAGAAGUACCAUCCUGGUACCCAAAGCCCCAAGUGGAAGUUGCCCGGGGGACACGCUUAUAAAGGUGAGGAGAUAGCAGAUGCUGCACAGCGGGAGGUGAGGGAGGAGACUGGUAUAGAGGUGGAGUUUGUGGGCGUCAUAUCCUUCAGGCACCAGUUGCAUUACCGGUACAACUGCUCAGACUUCUACUUCAUCUGCCUAAUGCAGCCCGCAAGGACAGGGCAGGAGAUCAACAAAUGCGAUAUAGAGAUCAAGGACUGUAAAUGGAUUGAUCUUGAGGAGUAUGUUAAAGACCCAGACAUCACAGAUGCGAAUCGUUUCUUCACACAGUGUUACUUGGACGGUGUUGUGAAGGGUAACAUGGUGAUUGGGGCCACAACUGUUUCUUCAUACAACAGGAAAACACAGCACCAAGUCUUCUCUAUACAGACUAUCAAAUAACCAUGGGGCAUGUACUCUCUUCACACAUACCGUAGUAAGGAGGUUUUGCUCAAUGGAAAAUUUAAUUUUUGGUUUUUGAUAAUGCAAUAGAAAUUAGAUUUUUUUUUCUUGUACUCCAAGAACACUAUGUAGUUAAAUGGUAAUAUUUUUUAUCAACUCAAAUUUUAGUAUUUUCAGUGAUUUUUUGGGUGUAAUUUACUGCCUUUUAAUGAAAAGUCAAUAAAUUUCUUGAAAAAUAAACAAAUUCUUGACAAGACUAACUCAUUCUCAGCAUUAAGUAUGUAUAAAAAGGUGAAAAGAUGUAUAAUUCCCAUUAUAUUUCCUAU